AUGAAAGACGUCAUUGAAGAAGAAGAAGAAGAACAAGAGGUCUUGGACACAGAAAAGAUUAAGAUCCUUCCUGGUGCUACAGAAGAUGGAACUGCAGCUUCUUUCCAAAUUACAGAAGAAGACCACACUUUGGGUAACGCUCUCAGAUACAUAAUAAUGAAGAAUCCUGAUGUUGAAUUCUGUGGCUACUCCAUCCCACAUCCUUCAGAGACAAAGCUCAACAUCCGUAUUCAGACGUAUGGUAGCACAACUGCUGUGGAGGCAUUCCAAAAGGGUCUUGCAGAUUUGUCAGAUCUCUGUUCACAUAUAGAGGAUAAGUUCUCGGAGAAGAUCAACGCUGCUGACUACUCUACAGAAGAGCCUUAAGACCAUUGCCAUCAUCAUAAUCCUGUUACCAACCUAAACCCAAAAUCUAUAAUCAUUACCAACAGAAAAGUGAGAGGUAUAUAAAGGGAAAAUACUGUACAUUAAUGCAAUUCUAAAUACUC